UUGAAGGAGACUUUGAUAAAGAGUGAAGUGUUUGAUUUUGUCAGAGACAGUACAGUGGUACAUUGGUACAGAUAUUGAUAGGACAGACUCGGAUCAGAUCAUUGAAUCAGGUGGCAAACAACAGCGUCACAUGAUUGUUUCGGGUGCCAUCUGCCAAUGAUGUCAUUGAGGGCAACAUCUUUUUGGUGAGGUGGUCACGCCUCUGUGGAGCCUCUAGUACCUGUGAGCUACUGCAUGAAUACUGUUCCACCAUGCAGUCAUGGACACUGUUGUUUCUUGGUCUGUUUCAUUGCUUUUUCGACAUGGCAACCACUCAGCAGCAACGCAACAAAGCCCUGUUUCCGAUAAGAAUGAAGAGGGGAUUGUCAACAAUGCGAAACCCUAUUUUCCACAAGUCCUUAGACGACGUGGAUCUACUGUACGAGAUCCUGCUGUCCGGUCUAUACUUUGACGACCACGGCAGAGGGCUGUGGCUGAGAGACGCAGAGCUGGCCUCUCUGCGGAAGACGCAGGAACUAGAGGUCCUCUGUGGUGACGCGCUCCCCAGGGAGCUGACAGACGUACGCCGGCUGGCCUCCAGGCUCCUCGGCCGCGUCGGGUCCCUGGGGCAGGGGGAUUUCGAGCGUACACUUUUGACCAUGGUGUACACGGCCCAACAUGUGAUCGAAUCCCCCACGGACCACCAGAGAGACGUGUGGGCCGAGUCCUUUGUCGGCCUGUUCAAAGCCAUAAAGGAGGAUCUGAAAGAGGAGCGGUGAUGGGCAAUAGUAGGCCAACCAUUAUGGAGUUGAAGGUCUUGAAAAAUCUUUAUAGGCUUAUAUAUUAUCUUAGAUCUUCAUCUUAGUCUGGAUGGAGAGAAACC